CCCUCGCGGACGCGGUUGGUACGCGCCAGGCUCCCCCGCUCUGCGCAGUGGUUUGGCCGCCGCGACCCCGCCGGCGGCGCGGCCCCCGCGCUUGGUACGGCUCAGCCCGUCUCCCCCGAGGCCGCUGGUGGUGCGUGCUGUGCGCUCGCGCUCCUGGCCCGCCUGCCCCAGUGGCCCGCAGCCGCCGCGGAUCCGGGCCCGCUCGGCCCCUCCCAUGGAAGGUGCCCGGGUCUUCGGGGCGCUGGGUCCCAUUGGACCCUCCUCGCCUGGGCUGUCCCUUGGGGGGCUGGCUGUCAGCGAGCACCGGCUCCGCAACAAGCUGCUGGCCUGGAGUGGCGUCCUGGAGUGGCAGGAGAAGCGCAGACCCUACUCUGACUCCACGGCGAAGCUGAAGCGGAACCUGCCAUGCCAGGCCUACGUGAACCAAGGCGAGAACCUGGAGACGGACCAGUGGCCACAGAAGUUGAUCAUGCAGCUCAUCCCGCAGCAGCUGCUGACCACACUGGGACCCCUGUUCCGCAACUCCCAGCUGGCACAGUUCCACUUCACCAACAGAGACUGCGACUCGCUCAGGGGGCUCUGCCGUGUCAUGGGCAACGGCUUCGCCGGCUGCAUGCUGUUCCCCCACAUCUCCCCCUGCGAGGUGCGCGUGCUCAUGCUGCUCUACUCAUCCAAGAAGAAGAUCUUCAUGGGCCUCAUCCCCUACGACCAGAGUGGCUUCGUCAACGCCAUCCGGCAGGUCAUCACCACCCGCAAGCAGGCAGUGGGAUCCAGCAGUGUCCACUCGGGCCCCGUCCAGAUCGUCAACAACAAGUUCCUGGCGUGGAGCGGAGUCAUGGAGUGGCAGGAGCCCAGGCCUGAGCCCAACAGUCGGUCCAAGAGGUGGCUGCCAUCACACGUCUACGUGAACCAGGGGGAAAUCCUGAGGACCGAGCAGUGGCCGAGGAAGCUGUACAUGCAGCUCAUCCCGCAGCAGCUGCUGACCACGCUGGUGCCGCUGUUCCGGAACUCGCGCCUCGUGCAAUUCCACUUCACCAAGGACCUGGAGACGCUGAAGAGCCUGUGCCGGAUCAUGGACAACGGCUUUGCCGGCUGCGUGCACUUCUCCUACAAGGCCGCAUGCGAGGUCCGCGUGCUCAUGCUGCUGUACUCCUCUGAGAAGAAGAUCUUCAUCGGCCUCAUCCCCCACGACCAGGGCAACUUUGUCAGCGGCAUCCGGCGUGUCAUAGCCAACCAGCAGCAGGUCCUGCAGCGGAACCUGGAGCAGGAGCAGCAGCAGCGAGGGGUGAGGCCUGCCCCGAGCCCCAGGGCCCACCCCUCUUGCCCCGUGCUGACCCCUUCCCUGGCUUCCUCGGCAGAUGGGGGGGUAGAGGUCCAGGAGUCACAGACGAAGCCCUAGCAGAGACUGGUCAGAUGCUUCUGAGCAGGGGCCUCUGGGGACCGCAACUGCCCGGCACCGUGGAGAACAUCGUCCUGAGGUCUCCAAGGACGUUCCCCACCUGUAUCCCCAAUAAAGGCUUUUAAAAACCC